ACAUGAAUGGUCUUAGAGGUAAUAGGUAUGAUGAAGAUGUGAAUGUAUGUUAGUUCAUCUCCAAAAGGAUAGCGUGAUACAAUUAUUAUCUCAUAUAAAGUAACAAGUAGUCUAGUGAAAAUGGACAUUACUGAAGCACUCGUGAGUGGAGACAAGCGUCCAACAACUUUGGGUGACAUGUGAAUCAUGGAGCAACACAUGUCGGGGUUGGAGGCACUUCGCAGUGAGCUACUUGGCAUCCUCGACAACACCUCAGUGAGACGACUCGGGUCGAGCUUGCUAGUGUGAACAACGAGAUAGUGGAGCUCAGGGAGAGGUGAACCUCCUGAAUAGGGUUAUGGCUAACAGACCUAUAGUGUCACAACCCGCCCCAAGUAUGGGUGUUCUGAAACCUAGGACCUAUGGAGAGUCAAGGAAUGCGAGAGAGUUAGAGAACUUCCUAUUGAAUCUUGACCAAUAUUUCGAGGCAUCCGACAUUCAGAACGAGAAUGCUAUGGUACGUACCACUCCUUUAUCUCGUUGAUACCACUAUGUUAUGGUGGAGGGACAUACGUCAUGGAGACGUAGGAGGACUUCAAGAGGGAGAUGGAAAAAAUUUAGUUAUGCCCUGAAAAUGCAAAACUCUUUCACAUACACUUGGUUCGCCUACAAGGGUGUCACAACCAUGCAAACAAUGCAACUACUGUGAAGAAGGCGCCAUGAUGAGGACAUCGUGAAUUACCCGAAAGGGUCUGAAGACUUGGUUAAUCUUAGCUAUCUAUUUUGGAGGCGGAGCCUGUGUAAGGAGCACCUGACCCUAAAUUGUAUUCAUCCAUAAAUAUUGAAAGCAAUAACAUCUCUGGAGAGAGUUUCUCUAUUCUUACGAGUUUUAACGAGUGCAAGUGAGGUAGGGGCGUGCAACAGUGUUGCUCAUACCAGAUUGAACUGGACCAAAUCGAUGUUUGGACCAAACGAUACCGAACCGAACAUAAUGUGGUUUGGUCCUUGGUUCCAUAAGUUUUAUAAAUAUAAAUUAUUAGAAAAGGAUCAAAUUAAACUAACCGAACUCAAUAUAAUAUUAGUCUGAUCCUUAAUCCUAAAAGGCUAAAACGUCUUUCACUAUUAGAUCACCAUUCUCGUAAGUUUGAUCCAAUCCGAUUCGGUGCGGCACCAAAAGAUUUAGUCAAUAACAAUUCUCAGUGCUCAAAAUCAUUCGCCCAAUCUGGACGAGGAAACAAAUGCGAGUAGCUUAAUCCGGUAGUCUAGGUCAUAACCAGUUUUAAAAGCCCAGCCCGCCCAUUUGGGCCCAUUGCCAAUUUCUGCUGAUAACGUGGUAGAAUGUGAUUCGGUUGAUGGAGAAUCAUAUGAACGGGCUCGUCCACUGAAAACAGUUUAUUCUCUCCCUUCGACAAUCUCGCCGAAUAUCCUCAAUUCUACCUUUCUCAACUAUCGACAGAGCUCUCUUUUCCUUCAUCCGACUCUCUCCCUCGCCGGCCGGGAGUUAGUUGCCACAGUUCGAAGGAGAAAGCGGUGCAGCUUCGGAGAAACGCUAUCCAGCAUUCCAGAUGGGGAAGGGAUAAAUUUGAAGUAGGCACUAGCAUCAUCUUUCUUAUUGGCAAUUUGCGUAGGGAGAAUCUCGGAGCUGGCGAACUGCAGUAUCUAGCAUAAGCAGGGGAAGAUUGAUGGAGAAAGCGGAAUCUUAUUCUUCAAGCUGCUUUCUUCAUUAAUUCCGCUUUCAUAAGGCAUCCAUUCGAGUUCUUUGCUUGUCGUGAUUUUGGUUUGUGGUUGCUUCUUCUUGUUAGUAUAUAAUCUGUUUGAUGAAAUGCCUGCAAGUUCUUUGUUAGUUGAGGUUCAGCAGUGAGGAGAACUUGGGAUUGUGUCUUGUAGAACGGUUUUUGUUUCCUUUUGGUCCCUUUCUAUGAUUACAGGAAUGUAAUGGCCGAGAAGUAAGCAAUAGUUGCAACUAUGAUAAGAUCGAGUUCGACCCUGUAAAAAGAAUGAAGUCUUACCAGAAGAGAGGGGGGGGGGGGGGGGGGGGGGGGGGGGGGGGGGGGGGGGGGGGGGGGGGGGGAAUUCCUGGCAAUACCCUAUUCAAAUCCAUGUUUCUUGGUUUGGAUUCUGAGUAUAUUGGGUCUUGUUGUUGCGCGUGGAAGCAUGUGUUGACUUUCAUUUACGAUUCUUUUUAGAUAUCCAACAAGCUUUGUUUAAGGUAUCGUUCUGAUCCUUGAGAUGUCAGUUGCAAGCAGCCUGAAGAAGUUGGUUUCAGGGGUGAUUCUCGAUCUGGAUGGCACCCUUCUCAAUACAGAUGCCUUGGUUGGUGGGGUUAUGAACGUUUUCUUGGUGAAGUAUGGCAAACAAUGGGAUGGUAGAGAAGUUCAUAAAAUCCUUGGGAAGACGCAUAUAGAAGCAUCUGCUGUUGUAGUACAAGAAUAUGGACUUCCUUGUUCAACAGAAGAAUUUAUGAGUGAAAUCACUCCAAUGUUCUCAGAACAAUGGUGCAAGGUCAAAGCUCUUCCAGGUGCAAGUCGAUUGAUCAAACACCUGAGUGAUCAUAAAGUACCCAUGGCCUUGGCUUCGAACUCGUCGAAGGCAAAUAUUGAUGCUAAAAUUAAGUUUCACCAAGGUUGGAAGGAAUCGUUCUCAGUGAUUAUUGGUGGUGAUGAAGUAAGAGCCGGGAAGCCAUCUCCUGAUAUAUUUUUGGAAGCAGCUAACAGGCUAAACAUUGAACCUUCGCACUGCUUGGUGAUUGAGGAUUCUGUGCCUGGUGUAACUGGUGGCAAGGCUGCUGGAAUGCAAGUAGUUGCUGUACCCUCGAUCCCCAAGCAAUCUGAUCUCUUCACAGCUGCAGACGAUUUGAUAAAUUCUCUACUAGAUUUGCAUCCAGAAAAAUGGGGUCUUCCACCUUUCGAAGAUUGGAUUGAGGGCACUUUGCCAAUAGAACCAUGGCAUAUUGGUGGCCCUGUAAUUAAGGGAUAUGGCCGUGGCUCAAAGGUUCUUGGUAUCCCCACAGCUAAUUUGUCCACGGAAGGAUACUCGGAUCUACUUUCACAAUAUCCCUCUGGGGUGUAUUUUGGGUGGGCUGGAUUGUCAACCAGAGGUAUCUACAAAAUGGCCAUGAGCGUUGGUUGGAACCCAUAUUUCAACAACAAUGAGAAGACAAUUGAGCCAUGGCUGCUUCAUGAGUUCAAAGAUGAUUUCUAUGGCGAAGAUUUGCGCCUUGUUAUAGUUGGCUACAUUCGACCAGAGGCUAAUUUCUCCACUCUUGAGAGUUUAAUUGCCAAGAUUCACGAGGACGGUAGGGUUGCAGAGAAAGCACUCGAUCUUCCACUGUAUUCGAAGUACAAGGACGACCCAUUCUUGAGGAGCUCUUCAUUGUAGUCAUUCAUGGAGAUGAUUUUACUUGUACAAUGAACUUGUGAAGAUCUUAUCUUAUUAGUUUCUACUGAUGCAAUGCAUGAAGUAUCUGCAGAAUUGCAUUCUAAACUUUUUUUUUUUUUGAAGGGGCAUUCUAUCAUUAAAUUGUGAACCAGGCUCUAAAGUUAAUUCAGGAAAAGUACGGAAAUUUAUGUUGUAGUAGACCAACCCAUACUUGCAUUGCAUCACUGUCAGAUUUUUACAAAGCAUAGGCUGAUAUUGUUUGAUCACACCCAAACCAUAUACAAUUUCUGUUAUUGAGUUGAUAUAUUUGACAUUAUUUGUAAAAAUAUGCUACAUCAACCCAAUUACUGAGAAUCACCCUACACGUAAAGCGCUGUUAUAAUCCUACU